AUGAAGAGGACGCAGCUGGCUUGCAAGCCCUGCAAGGACAUCAAAGCUAAGUGCGACAACUUCCAGCCUUGCACAAGAUGUCUACAGUCAAACUUAGCAGACCAAUGCAUCAGACUAAGAGUGGCAAGGGGGCCUAGGAAGAGGAGUUCCAUCGCAUGUGUGGCAUGCAAGCGAUCAAAGCUGAGGGAACUGGACUGCAUUGAUGAGGAACUUCAGCUCAUCCCUGCGCAGUUUGUUGAGCCGGAUGAUCACCAGUUGUGUGUGUAUGAGAUGCUUCCUGCCGACAGAGAAGAGUACGAGACUCGCGUGAAGGACCCCAAUGAUACGUUCGUGCGGCUGAUGAAAGUCCUGAACCAGAACAGAAGCUACGACAUGUGGCUCAAGGACUUCGAGGUUGAUAUGUAUGCGGGAGAGACGAUCCUGGGUUUGCAGAAGUCAAGACAGGGCGAAGAACGAUUGCAAAGACUAGCAAAGGAGCUGGAGAUCCUCUAUCGUCCCUUCGUGGUCAAGGCCGAGCAAAUAUUGACUGCAAGAGAGAUGAGCAAAAAUCGGGGCCACGAUCACUGA